AUGAGUGAAGGCCUUGACCCACUGUCAGCCACAUUCGAGCUGCGAUUCAAAAAAGCUUGGAGACUCUGGAGAGCCGGCGCCAAUGAUACGGCGGAGACCAUGGCCAAGGAACUACUCCUAGAGCCUCGCCUUGGAAGAUUCCACAAGGCUGGUAUGCACACGCUUCUUUCUACAUCUUCCAACAACUACGUUGAGCAUGGUCUUGAGGCUGUGCGUCUCUACACUGAAAUCUCCGACCGGAACGAUCUCACCGAGGAUGAGCGAAAGGACAUUACUGUAUACCUUGACGAUGCGAACAAACUUCUGGACAAGGCUCGUCAGGAUCAAGCCAAAAUCGAUCAUCAGAUCCAAGAGAAACUUGCUGGAGGCAUGACUAUGGAGGAGCUCCACGAUGCGCAGAUCGAAGAGAUGAACAGGCGCCUGGAUGCUGAGGAAGCUGGCAUCAGCGAACAUGGUCCUGAUAGUCAGUCCUCGGUCCCUGAGAUGACCGAAGAGUCGCACCUUUCUUCUCAGCCUGCUGUACCUCUGCGACCCGAAUCCCAUCGAACCGACAACGACAACAUUGAACACACUGUAGACACUUUUCUGGGAAUGGACCUCGAUUUCGAUGAUAACAGUCCUCUUCCUGACAUUGUCAGACACAAACCUGGUUCCGGCACGAAGAAGGAUGAAGACAAGGUCUAA